AUGUACGGUUGUGAUCAUGUUUUGCAAUUUUUGUCAUCUUCGUCUAAAGAUUUUAUUUGUAAAACAUAUUUUUUAGCAGUAAAUGCAAUAUAUUUUCAUAAAAUAUCUAAAUGUGAACGUCGCAGUUUUUUUUAUAAGAUUUUUCAAAAAUGUUCUAUAUGUCAUGAUUUUCUUAAAAGAACGUUUUUAUGUCUUCAAUGUUCUCAUAUUGGAUGCUGGAGAAGAAAACAUGCUGAUAUACAUUCAAGAAUUAAGAAUCAUAUUUUUGCUGUCGAUUCUUAUAAUGGUUAUUUAUAUUGCUUUGCAUGUAAUGACUUUGUUUAUGAUGAAUUUUUUGAAAAAAUAUAUCUCUUGGCAAAACGAAGACUAAAUUUAAGUUUAUUAGACGUUAAAAAUUCAACAUAUUUAUUAAAUAAUGAACUUAAAAUGACUAUAGAAAAUUUGGAUUACCUAAAUGAAGAUGCACAGGUUAUAUGUUGUGGUAAUGGUCUACGAGGUAUACAAAAUAUGGGAGCUACCUGUUUUAUGAAUGUAAUCAUACAGUGUUUAGUUCAUAAUCCUAUUUUCCGUAAUUAUUUUUUAAGUGAUGGUCAUAUAAUAGAGGAUUGUUUGCAAGAUGAUUGUAGCUGUUGUGCUAUGGAUACUGUAAUUGCUGAAUUUUUUUCUAAAAAGGAUUUUUCUAUACCUUUUGGCCCAUGUGCAUUUUUAGAAGUUAUGUGGAAAUUGUCUAAAGAGCUAAAAGGCUAUGCUGAACAAGAUGCACAUGAGUUCUUUGUUUGUUUGAUGAGUUCGAUUCAUAAUCAUUCUGGAUCUAAAAUAGAUUGGACAUGUGAUUGUGUUGCUCAUAGAACAUUUUCUGGAAUACUUCAAAGUGAUGUUACAUGUUCAGCGUGUGGAAAUGUGACAUCUACUAUGGAUCCUAUUAUGGAUGUUAGUCUUGAAUUAAAAAUUAAACGCGCUGCUGAAAUUAAGUCGUCUUCUAGUGAACAUUUACUUAGAAGUCUUCAAGAAUGUCUUCAAUUAUUUACAUCACCUGAAAGUUUGGCUAAUAAUGAGUAUAAAUGUUCGAAAUGUUUAUCUGUUUCUGAGAAAGCUAUAAAACAAUUAAAAUUUAAACGAAUUCCUUUAGUUAUUUGCUUUCAGUUAAAACGUUUUGAGCAUUCUUCUACUCCAACAAAAAUUGACACACAUGUUAGUUUUUCUUUCCAGCUCGAUAUGUUUCCAUAUAUUGUUCAGGAUAAUUAUACAAAUUAUUAUAACGAUGAUUGUGUUUAUGAUCUUUUGUCUGUUGUUUGUCAUCAAGGGCAAAUUAAUACAGGUCAUUAUACAUGUUUUGCUUGGUCAAAUGAUAACUGGUUUCAAUUUGACGAUACUACUAUUAAUAUUGCUAAUGAAAAGACUGUUUUGGCAAGUAAUGCGUACGAUUGUAUGUUUUUAUGUCUUAAAUUAAUUGAAUAUAGAUAUUUGUUGUUUUACAUUAAACGAAAACUUAGUUAUCGAGUCUAG